AUGGAACUCGAUCCUGAUGAUCAAGACAAGAUCAUUGAAGAACUUGACUUGUAUAGGACUUCAGUAGGUGAGUUUGGACAUUCUUUAGCAAUCCGCCAGCGUGAUAAGCUUAAUCCAGUUGCAUGGUGGUCCCAAUUUGGUUGUGAGGUUCCAACGCUUCAAAAGUUUGCUGUUCGAAUACUAAGUCAAUGUUGUAGUGCAACUGGAUGUGAGAGAAACUGGAGCACAUUUGAUUUUAUUCAUUCGAAGAAGAGAAAUAGAUUAGUGCAUAAACGUUUGAAUGACUUAGUAUUUGUUCGUUAUAACUUGAAGCUGCGAGAGAGGAGCAUAAAAAAUGGAAGAGAUGCUUUAAAUCCAAUCAAUCUUGAAAACAUUGACUUGAUGGACGAAUGGGUGGGUGAAGAAUCGGAGCUUCUUGAUGGAGAAGAUUUGGAUUGGGCAAGUAUUGAGGAGCCAUUAACCUCACUAAAUGAGGAAGACGUUGAUAAUAUUGGUAUUGAUGUUGAUGACGGUGGUGACGUUGAUGAAAAUAUCUUGAUUAACAUGUCGAAUCUUGCUCCUUAUUGUCUUUUUGAUGAGGAUGAGUGA